AUGUCGCAAGCGGAGGGCGUGAAGGUCAAGGAUGAUGAAAAGCUUUUGAGAAAGUCGUUGAAGAGAAAAGAGAAGCAAAAGCUCCGUUCCGAGACAGAGUGGAAGGACAGAAAGCAGCUGGUGAAGGACACGAUUGCCGCCAGAGCCAAGAAGAGAGAAGCCAACUUGAAGGCCAGAAAGGACAACAAGGGCAAGAAGGGUAAGAACCAGCCCCGGUUGAGGAAAUUUUCUGGAGUGAUCAAGAAGGGUGGAAAGCCCAAGGACGGCAAAAAGCGUCCUGGGUUCGAGGGCAGUGCCAAGUCCAAGGGCAAGAAAUAA